CACCGGCUCAGGUUCACGAGCAUUCAGCAGUGUACUCGGGAGAAGUAAGUUCAAGUUGACACGCAGCGUUUCUGAAUAUCAUAUAACUUUUAGACGUGGUCAUUUCUCAAGAUAUUAACAAAUGAAUUUCAAAUGUUACACUUACUUGUGAAAAUUUAGCGUCAACCAGACACGCUGAUUUGAACGUGCCGACAGACAUGCGGUAGUAGCUAACUUGCCCCAAGUACUUUGACGUCAACCUACCCGAUUCCUUCACCAAAAUGCCUAUUCAGCUGACAAGUCAGGCUUACUGUAAAAUGCUCCUGCACGCCGCCAAGUAUCCGCACAGCGCCGUCAACGGCUUGCUGGUUGCUGAAAAAGCCAAAGAGAAAAAGAAAGACUACCACGAGCCCGUCUUGUGUGUGGACUGCGUACCGCUCUUCCAUGGCACUCUGGCGCUUGCACCAAUGUUAGAAGUUGCUUUAAACCUGAUUGACACUUGGUGUAAAGAAAACAAUUAUGUCAUCGCUGGAUACUAUCAAGCCAAUGAACGCACAAAGGAUUCAAGGCCUAACCAAGUUGCGGAAAAAGUGGCAGCAAGGAUUGCUGAAUGCUUCAGUGAAGCUGCAAUUGUUAUGGUGGACAGCGGCAGAUUGAAAAUGAGCUGCCGUGAGCCUAUUGUGCUCAUUUAUGAUCAUCAUGAAAAUAAAUGGAGAAGCAGAGAUGUCAGUCUCGAUUCCUUUGAGGACUGGGGUGAAGCACAGAAGAUUACGUCAGCUCUACUGGAGGGAAGGUCCUACGAGAACUUAAUGGACUUUGACAAUCACCUGGACGACCUCAGGAAUGAUUGGACUAACCCAGUCAUCAACAAGUCAGUUCUGGAUCUGUGUUAAGACGGUCAGCCAGAAGGGCUUAAAAGACGUAUGGAUAUCGCUGCCAUUGCUACUUGUAGCACUGUAAAGCUCAACACAGUCCCGGUUCCAUAUGAAUUCUGGUACUGUCCAGAAUUCAGAGAACAAAGGCCUUUAUUGGCCAAAUGAUCAAGGGCAUGCACUUUAUGUGCACUUUGAGCAGAAAUUGCAGACCUAAUGUGGUGCAAUGCAUUUAAAAAAAAAAAAAAAAAAGAA